GCUCCAAACCCAAAGUCAUUCCCUCUCUCUUUGUAUAUAAAACUUAGUAGUAAUUUACAUUUUAGAAGAACUUCCCAUUUUUAUUGUUGUUGUUGAUAAUUAUGUAGCCUUUGAAAGAUAUGGGGAAGAGAAGAGAGAAAUUAGAUUCAAGAUCUUCUCAAACACUACCCUCAUCUCCUUCACACUCUUUCUCUUCAUCCUCCUCUUCCGACUUUGAGUUCACAAUCUCUCUUUCCCCACGCGCCAACUCCUCUUCCACCCUUUGUCCCGCUGACGACCUCUUCUACAAGGGCCAGCUCUUGCCUCUCCAUCUUUCUCCUCGUCUCUCCAUGGUCCGUACCCUCCUCUUAGCCUCCUCCAGCACUUCCUCCUUCUCCGAAACCUCCUCCGCCACUGCCUCUCGUGACUCCGUCGGCAGCUCCAACGAUUCCCACUCAUCUUUCGCUAGUGAUCUUGUUCUGCUUGCUGAUUGUGACUCCUCCAGGCCCAGCUCCGUCACCGAAGACGAUGAGUUGAAAAGGCUUAAUAAUGGGAACCAUUUAUUUUCAAGUCAUCAGGGCCAUCACCAGAUCAAGAAAAGCAAGUAUUUUUCUUUUUCUAGAUUCUCUUCUGUGUUCAAGAAGGAAAAUAACAAGAACCGUGACCAGGAAAACAUGCCAGCAGCUUCUUCUGUUAAAAAAAUGAGCACAACAGCAAAAGAAGUUAUAAGGAAAUAUUUGAAGAAGGUGAAGCCACUGUACGAGAAACUAUCCCAAAAACCUCAGCAAAAAAUGGGAGGAACUGGAGUAGUUUCAGCUUUGUCAUCAACAACUUCAGGUCCGGCUUCAUUCUCCAUCAAACCUGAGAGAUCUGUCAAAGACAUAGAGAAGAUUAAUGCAAGGAAAGAAAGCAACAACGCUGGAUUUUUUCACUCUUUCUCCGGAAACUUAAGGUACCCAAGAAGGAGAAGCUGCAUUUCAAGCUGCCCAUCAUCGAUGCGGUCCUCACCAAGCCACUCUGGGGUGCUCUCUCGACACGGGCUUCCAAGAAAGGGCAUGUAUACGGGUCGGGUCAGUGGUGGUGGUGGUGGCAGUAUGUACUAUUUGGAUACAUCUUCAAUGGAUGAAUUGCAAAGUGCCAUUCAAAGUGCCAUUACUCAUUGCAAAAAUUCUUUGCUUCAAAAUAAAACUACUGUAGUAAGUAAUGAAAUAUAAUCUCUAACAUGACAUGACAUGGUUGGUCAAUAACAAAACUUGACUAACUAGAGUGCUUUCUAUCUUUUUCUUUUUUUUUUUAAUUUCACUUCGUGGAUUUUAUCUCUUUGUUUUGUUUCAUGAUCAUCUAAGCAUAUUAAAAAGAUUGCAAAAGAGAGUGAAAUUUCUUUUGAUGUAUGAGAAGACCAUGAGGUAAAUGUUUGCAUUGUGAAAUUAUUGUGUAACUUUUUUCCUUUGCAACAUCCAUUUGGAUUUGCUAUUAAACUUUGGCACUAAAUUUUAGGUGGCAUCUAAGAAUUUAAUUAUUUCUGUUUUAGUAUCUGAAUAUAUGAUCGUAAUGAA